GAUAAUUUAAAGCACGUGAAUAUUGAAUUCAAAUUUGGAAUAUGGAUUUUAAAUUUUAAACUAAAGUGGUUCCUUCUAUCAAAUCAUCAGGUACAAUGAUGUGCAUACUGUAUUGACAUUUAUUUGAAGUUUUGAUGCAUUUAUUCAAAAUCCAUAUAGUAUAGUAAAGUGGGCCAUAGAAGAUUAAUAAUGAAUGACUUAAGUAAAAUGGAUUUAGUCAAAUAUUUUGACGAUGAAAGAAAAUCUUUGCCUGUUACUCUUCAAAAAGAUAAACUUUGUAGUUUAAUUCAAAAAAAUGAAACUUUAAUCAUUAUUGGAGAAACAGGGAGUGGCAAGACAACACAAAUUCCACAAAUUGUUUACGAAAACAUAUUACUUCCAGAUGAAGAUGUAGUUGUUACACAACCAAGACGUGUAGCAGCGAUAUCAUUAGCUGAACGUGUAUCAUAUGAAGUAAACACUGAAAUUGGAGACCUGGUUGGUUAUAGAGUUAGAUUUAUUGACAAAACUAAUCAUUUUACUAAAAUAAAGUUUAUGACUGAUGGUAUGCUAUUACGCACAGCUAUUUUAGAAAAAAGCUUAUCGGCAUAUGGAUGUGUUAUUUUAGAUGAAGCUCAUGAACGUACUGUAAAUACUGAUUUACUUUUCGGAAUUGUAAAAAAAGUCCAACGCAGUCGUAAAAAUAGUUCUAACCCUCUUAAAGUAAUUGUCAUGUCAGCAACAAUGAAUGCUGAUUUAUUUGCAGAUUAUUUUGGUAAUGCACAAAUUGUCUACUUACAAGGUAGGCUCCAUGACAUCAAAAUAUUCCAUGCUAAGAAAAAUGUAGAAGAUUACUUUCACGAUACUUUUGUUACAAUAUUUCAAUUACAUAAAGAGGCACCUGAGCGUCAUGACUUUUUAGUUUUUCUAACUGGUCAAGAAGAAAUAGAAAAUAUGGCUCUUGCUAUCGAGCAUAUUAACCAAGAUCCUUCUCUAAGAAAUUAUCCUGUUAUUAAAGUACGGACAUUAUAUGCUUCAUUGCCUACCAAUGAGCAGCUCAAAGUAUUCAUGUCAUUGGAACCUAAUGAGUUUGCUAGGAAAAUCAUAUUGAGUACAAACAUUGCAGAAACAUCAGUUACUUUGACUGGUAUUAAAUAUGUGAUUGAUUGUGGCAAAGUUAAAGUUAGAUGUUUUCAUCCAGAAACCUCAAUGGAUGCUCUCAAAGUAGAAAAUAUAUCUCAAGCCCAAGCUGAACAAAGAGCGGGUCGUGCGGGACGUGAAUCAGAUGGAUAUUGUUAUAGGAUAUAUUCAAAACAGCAAUAUGAUGAAAUGACCAAAGACCCUGUCCCUGAAAUCUUGAGGUGUAAUUUGGGUAAUGUAGUAUUACAAAUAUUGGCCAUGAAUAUGGAUCCUUACAAGUUUGAUUUCAUUAAUAAGCCAUCGACAGAUGCAAUCGACCAAGCUUACAAUAUGCUGGGAAAUUUAGGCGCUACAAAAAACAGUAUUUUAACUGAAGUGGGUCAUAAAAUGACUAAAUUUCCUCUCGACCCAAGAUACUCAAAAAUAAUUUUGUCAUCAGUGAACCAUGGUUGUUUGGAAGAUAUUGUAAAUAUUGUAUCUAUAUUGUCUACUGAUUCAAUUUUUGUAUCUAGUCUUUCGGAAAAAAAGAAGAAACAAGCCGAAGAUGCUCAUACAAAAUUCAAGUCAUCCGUCAGUGAUCAUAUUAUGUUACUGAAAACAUUUCGUUCGUUUAGGAAAAUAAGAAAAGAAUCUAAAUCCAGUUGGUGUGAUGAUAAUUUUCUCAAUCUCCGUAAUUUAGAAUAUGCAGAUCGUGCUCGGGAACAGUUACUUGAUAUCUGUAGAUAUUUACAUUUACCAAUUGGCCAAUCUUGUGGGGACAAUUUUGACCCUAUCAGAAAAUGUUUGUUAACGGGAUUUUUUGAAAAUCUGGCAUAUAUUAAUCAGGAAAAAAAAUAUAUAACAGUUAACGCUAAGAAAGAGUGCAAAAUUCAUCCAACUUCAACACUGUUUCAUUCGUAUCCUCAUUGUGUUCUGUAUACAGAAAUUAUAGAAACCAGUCAACCAUAUAUGAAAUAUAUAACUGUAAUUGACAAAGAGUGGUUGCUUGACGUUGUCCCUAAUGUUCAUCAACGUCAUAAUUAUCAAGUACUAAUGAAUAGCGAAUUAUAGCUUAACAAAAUUACUACCUAAGUAGUAUACAAACAUUUUAUACAAGCAUAUUUUUUAAUAGUUGACUACAAAUAAGAAUGUAUUAUAUAGG